AUGGUCCUGGGACAGGCCCAGCCCCAGAGCCCAGAGAUGCUGCUGUUACCCCUGCUGCUGCUACCCCUGCUGCUGCCCGUGCUGGCGGUGGGGUCCCUGAACAAGGAUCCCAGUUACAGUCUUCAAGUGCAGAGGCAGGUGCCGGUGCCGGAGGGCCUGUGUGUCAUCGUGUCUUGCAACCUCUCCUACCCUCGGGAUGGCUGGGACGAGUCUACUGCUGCUUAUGGCUACUGGUUCAAAGGACGGACCAGCCCAAAGACGGGUGCUCCUGUGGCCACAAACAACCAGAGUCGAGAGGUGAAAAUGAGCACCCGGGACCGAUUCCAGCUCACUGGGGAUCCCGGCAAGGGGAGCUGCUCCUUGGUGAUCAGAGACGCUCAGAGGGAGGAUGAGGCAUGGUACUUCUUUAGGGUGGAGAGAGGAAGCCGUGUGAGACAUAGUUUCGUGAACAAUGCGUUCUUUCUAAAAGUAACAGCCCUGACUCAGAAGCCUGAUGUCUACAUCCCCGAGACCCUGGAGCCCGGGCAGCCGGUGACGGUCAUCUGUGUGUUUAACUGGGCUUUCAAGAAAUGUCCAGCCCCUUCUUUCUCCUGGACGGGGGCUGCCCUCUCCCCCAGAAGAACCAGACCAAGCACCUCCCACUUCUCAGUGCUCAGCUUCACACCCAGCCCCCAGGACCACGACACCGACCUCACCUGCCAUGUGGACUUCUCCAGAAAGGGUGUGAGUGCACAGAGGACCGUCCGACUCCGUGUGGCCUACGCCCCCAAAGACCUUAUUAUCAGCAUUUCACGUGACAACACGUCAGCCCUGGAACUCCAGGAAAACGUCAUAUAUCUGGAAGUUCAGGAAGGCCAGUUCCUGCGGCUCCUCUGUGCUGCUGACAGCCAGCCCCCUGCCACGCUGAGCUGGGUCCUGCAGGACAGAGUCCUCUCCUCGUCCCACCCCUGGGGCCCCAGAACCCUGGGGCUGAAGCUGCGUGGGGUAAAGGCCGGGGAUUCAGGGCGCUACACCCGCCGAGCGGAGAACAGGCUUGGCUCCCAGCAGCGAGCCCUGGACCUCUCUGUGCAGUAUCCUCCAGAGAACCUGAGAGUGAUGGUUUCCCAAGCAAACAGGACAGUCCUGGAAAACCUCGGGAACGGCACAUCCCUCCGGGUCCUGGAGGGCCAAAGCCUGCGCCUGGUCUGUGUCACCCACAGCAGCCCCCCAGCCAGGCUGAGCUGGACCCAGAGGGGACAGAUUCUGAGCCCCUCCCAGCCCUCAGACCCCGGGGUCCUGGAGCUGCCUCGGGUUCAAAUGGAGCACGAAGGAGAGUUCACCUGCCACGCUGGGCACCCACUGGGCUCCCAGCGCGUCUCUCUCAGCUUCUCCGUGCACUAGCCCCCACAGCUGCUGGGACCCUCCUGCACCUGGGAGGCUGAGGGUCUGCACUGCAGCUGCUCCUCCCAAGGCAGCCCGGCCCCGUCUCUGCGCUGGUGGAUUGGUGGGGAGCCGGAGGCGAACAGCAGCCAGGACUACUUCAAGGUCACCCCCAGCUCAGCCGGGCCCUGGGCCAACAGCUCCCUGAUCCUCCAAGGGGGGCUUGGCUCCAACCUCAGGCUCACCUCCGAGGCCCAGAAUGUCCAUGGGGCCCAGAGCUCUCUGAUUCCUGCCGGACAGUCAGGGUGUAGGGUGGGGAGGCCUGGGCUCACCAGGUCCCGCAUCCAGGGAUGUAGGAAGGGCCCGGAGAACCAAGUUGCAAUAAGAGAGGUAGGAUUCGGAACUGUGGUUUAG